AUGUCACUGCUUUGGUCUUUCCUAGAGCUGAUGCUCUUAGUGCUGGGCUGCUGCUCAGCCGCCCCCCGAGGGCGCCCCUCGGCCGGGCCUAUAGUGAUCCAGUUCCCCGGAGAGAAAACGAACAAUCUUACUAACCAGCAAUUCGCUGAGGAAUACCUGAAUCGUUACGGCUACGUCCCGGCAGGGUUGCUGCACAGAGACGGCUCUUCUUUGAAGCAUGCGCUAAGGAAACUCCAGCGUCAGCUGGCGCUGCCGGUGACAGGAGAGCUGGACAGCGCCACCAUAGCAGCAAUGCGCGCCCCGCGCUGCGGAGUACCCGACGUGGGCCGAUUCCAAACCUUCGAGGGCGAACUCAAGUGGAAACACCGGAACAUCACCUAUCGGAUCCAGAAUCACUCCCCAGACUUGUCUCCUGAGGUGACGGAUGACGCUUUCGCCCGAGCCUUCGCUCUGUGGAGUAGCGUGACCCCACUUACUUUCACCCGUCUCGAAAGUGGGGACGCAGACAUUCUUAUCCAGUUUGGGACCCAAGAACAUGGUGAUGGAUACCCUUUCGACGGGAAACAUGGGCUGUUGGCUCACGCUUUCCCCCCCGGCAAAGGAAUCCAGGGAGACGCCCAUUUUGACGACGAUGAGUUCUGGACCCUGGGCAAAGGCGCUGUGGUCCAAACGCGGUUCGGGAAUGCAGAGGGGGCCCCCUGCCACUUUCCCUUUAUCUUCGAGGGCAGCUCCUACUCUUCAUGCACCACUGACGGCCGCUCUGACGGACUUCCCUGGUGUAGCACUACAGCUAACUACGACACUGACCACCUCUAUGGUUUUUGCCCUAGCGAACUGCUCUACACCCUGGAUGGUAACGCCAACGGAGAGCCCUGCGUGUUCCCCUUCACCUUCGAGGGUCGUUCCUACACAGCCUGCACCACUGAUGGACGCUCUGACGGCUACCGCUGGUGUGCCACCACAGCCAAUUACGACAAGGACAAGCUUUAUGGCUUCUGCCCCAACCGAGAUACCGCGGUAACCGGAGGCAACUCCCAAGGGGAACCCUGCGUCUUUCCCUUCACUUUCUUGAAUCGAGAAUACUCCGCCUGCACCAGUGACGGCCGCACUGACGGUAACCUCUGGUGUGCGACCACCGAUAACUUCGACCGUGACCAUAAGUGGGGGUUCUGUCAGGAUCCAGGGUACAGCUUAUUCCUUGUGGCCGCACACGAAUUUGGACAUGCACUGGGCUUGGACCACUCAUCUGUGCCCGAAGCAUUGAUGUUCCCAAUGUACAGAUUUAUCGAGGGACCUCCGUUGCAUCCAGAUGAUGUGAAGGGAAUCCAACAUCUGUAUGGUCCUAGGACUGAGCCGGACCCCAAACCUCCGACCUCCGCUCCUUUAGAGCCAGAUUCCACCACCCAGUCCAAUGCUUGCCCCACUCUACCCCCCAGACCCACUGGCCCUCCUACCGACCGCCCCUCAGCACCCCCCACUGCUGGCCCUACUGGUCCUCCCACAGCCAACCCCUCUGUGCUCCCUACUGAGCCCUUAGACCCCGCUGAUGACGUUUGUGGCAUCCAGAUAUUCGAUGCCAUCGCUGAGAUCCAGGGCCAGCUUCACUUCUUUAAAGACGGGCGAUAUUGGCGAGUUCAGCAGGGCUCCAAGGCACGGGCUCAAGGACCCUUCUUCAUCGCCAGCACCUGGUCUGCAUUGCCCCGGAAACUGGACACAGCUUUCCAAGAUCCACUGACUAAGAAAGUCUUCUUCUUCUCAGGCCAACAGGUAUGGGUAUACACAGGCCAGUCAGUUCUGGGCCCCCGCCGACUGGAAAAACUGGGUCUGGAUCCCAAAGUGCGCAGCAUAACAGGUGCCAUCCAACAUAAUGGGGGCAAGGUGCUAUUGUUCAGCCACAAUCAGUUUUGGAGGUUGGAUGUGAAGAAGCAAAAAGUAGACCGAAGUGAACCUUACUCUGUGGAAGGCAUGUUCCCUGGAGUUCCAGAGGACACUCAUGAUGUUUUCCUGUAUCAAGGAAAGGCGUACUUCUGCCAGGACCAUUUCUUCUGGCGAGUGAGCCUUCAUAACCAGGUGAACAAGGUAGACCAGGUGGGCUACGUGACCUACGACCUCCUUCACUGCCCAGAGUACUAA